AUGGAAAAUAUUCACAGUACACGCUUGAAAGAAAAGAUCCUCUCCCGCAUCCCAGAGUUGCACGAGAGUAAAAAAGGAAGAGAUGUUGUACUUACCUUCAAAGAUGAAGUAGGAUCUGCAAAUUUAUAAAGCUUGUAAACAGGAUUUUGAAGAAGAUGGAAUUUGUUUGUCAUCUGCAGCGAAUAUAGUCAGAAGGCAAAAAUAUCAACACAUUCAGGCUACUGAGAAAUUUUCACUAGAAGAGGGAAGCCAAAAUACAUCAGUACCCAGGUCUCUUGUCACGUUAAUAAGUACGAUUAUUGGCGGUUCCAAGUAUUUCGGGCAAUGUGUCAAAUGCUGAAAGCAAAAUAGCCCUCAAUAUUUCGCAGCUGAUUCUGUUUAAUGUUGUUAAGCACAAGCGACGCAAAGCGAAUGAAUUGGAUAAACUCAGACACAGUCCAGCUCUCGAAACACCUUUUCCAUUAUUCACCGGAUUGUUAAUUCAUGCAAACACCCGAAAGAAAGGUUUAUUGAACACUUUUGCGCACAAGGGUUUAAGUGUCUCUUACAAAAAGGUGCAGGAUGUACAACUCAAUAUUACAAAACAACUUUGCAAGAAGUACAACGGUUUUGUUUGUCCUCCAAGCCUUAAAGAAGAAGUUUUCACAACAGCUGCAGUGGACAGUAUUGACCAUGACCCUUCUUCAACUACCGCAACAAAAUCAUUUCAUGGCACCAGCAUCUCCAUUUUUCAGCAUCUUGAAAAAGCGUUGGAACCGAAUCAAAUCGAUCUUAGUGUUGACUUUGAAGAUUCAUCUACAAAAAUAGAGCUUCCAGAAUCGUAUACAAAUCUGUCGCCAACAAAAUCGAAAGCAGCAGAAUAUCCACUGCAGACAGUAAAUCGUGAAAAUUCGUCUGAUGUUCAACCUAUGGAUGAAAUGGAUGAUUGGUUAGAGCACCUGAUGCAAAUGAAUGGUAAGGACGAUGACAUUAAAAAUCGAUUUUCUUGGUCAGGUUUUCACUCAAAGAAGUCCGCAAUUCGUGCAAUCAAAACUACUUCAACGUUGCUGCCCCUACUUAAUGAAAGUGUUAACUCCACGGCAAUGUUACGUCACACUAUGGGAGUGGUAAAACAAAUUUUGUUAAAGAUUAAUCCUCAACAGCCAAUUGUCUUGACGGCAGAUCAACCCGUAUAUGCAUUUGGGAAGCAGGUUCAAUGGAUGUACCCUGAAUUUUAUGGAGAAAGUAAUGUAGUGACGAUGAUGGGAGCUUUGCAUAUAGGGAUGGCCUUCUUGAACACAAUCGGUGACUGA